GGAAGCAGGGGGUUUGGGGGGACGCCCCUAUGGAUGCUACGAGUGCGGGAAAAGUUUCGGCAGCAGUUCGGCUUUAUUAACCCACCGGCGGAUCCAUACGGGCGAAAAACCCUAUAAGUGCCCCGACUGCGGCGAUCGCUUCAAUCAAAAUUCGGCGUUAGCGGCUCACCGGCGCAUCCAUACGGGCGAAAAACCCUAUAAGUGCCCCGACUGCGGGAAGGAUUUCGGUCACGGUUCGACGUUGGUUAAACACCGUAGAAUCCAUACGGGGGAGAAACCUUACGUUUGCGAAGAAUGCGGGAAACGUUUUAGUAUCCGUUCGACCCAUAUCCGACAUCGGAAAACCCAUACGGGCGAACGACCCUAUAGGUGUCCCGACUGCGGGAAGAGUUUUAGUGACAGCUCUUACUUCGUGCAGCACCAACGCCUUCAUAUAGGCGACAUGCCCUACGUCUGUCGCGAUUGCGGGAAGCAUUUUAUAUGGAGCUCGGCUUUGAUUCGUCAUCGGCGAAUCCAUACGGGUGAGAAACCCUACCAGUGUCCGGAUUGCGGGAAGAGUUUUAGCGAGAAUUCGACGUUACUACGGCAUCGCCGCAUCCAUACGGGCGAGAAAUUCUAUAAGUGCACUCAAUGCGGGAAGAGCUUCAACGACAGCUCCUCGCUGAUGCGUCACCAACGCGUCCACACCGGUGAAAGACCCUACCAGUGUCCCCAGUGCGGGAAGAGCUUCGUGGACAGCUCGACCCUCAUCUGUCACCAGCGGAUCCAUACGGGCGAACGCCCCUACGCGUGCCCCGACUGCGGGAAGAGCUUUACGGAGAGCUCGACGCUCAUCACCCACCAUCGGAUCCAUACGGGCGAGAAACCCUAUACGUGUCCCGAGUGCGGGAAGAGCUUC